AGAGAGAGAGAGCUCUUCAUUAAGAGACCAGCAGCUCCACACAGAUCAAGCAGAACGAUGCAGAUCUGUGAUGAUAAACUCCUCAUAUUUCAGCUGCUGCUCCUCAUGUCAGUCUUGGCAUGUGAGACGAGUGAAUUCUUGACUUUGACUGCACAUGAAGGAGGGAAAGUUGAGAUACGGUGUCCAUAUGAGCCUAAAUAUGAAGAACAUAAGAAGUAUUUCUGCAGAGGAGAAUGUCUAAUAGUGUUUAAAGACAAGCCUGUUGAAUCUGAAUCAGCAGCAAAAGAUGAGAGAUUCUCUCUGACUGACAAUAAAACAGCCCACAUCUUCACCGUCACCAUCACUGAUCUGAGAACAGAGGAUAAAGGAAAAUACUGGUGUGGUGUAAAUACGGGAUUGUUUAAUCAUGAUUAUAAGAGAGAGAUUUACCUGGAAAUUAAACAUGUGUCCCAAGUGUCUGGUGUGACUGGAGAGCAUCUGAAUAUCACCUGCCAUUAUGAAAAUAAACUGAAGAAUGAUGUCAAAUUCAUCUGCAAAUCAAGCAGCACGCCCCUCUGUGAGAAAUCAGCAACCAAAGUUUCAUCAGAGAUCAACAGUCAUGGCCGCUUCUCUCUGAGAGAUAAUGAGUCUGCAGGAGUUUUUACUGUGACCAUCACUGAUCUGACAGAAGAGGAUUCUGGGAUAUACUGGUGUGGAGCCAUACAGAGAGGACAUGGGCACAAGAACAAGUGGAUUUCAGUCACUGAUCUGAAAGUUUCUGCAGUUACAUCAGAGAGGAUGUCACCUAAACCAACAACAACAACAGCCUCAGCAGAUACUGCAUCUGACAGAACCAUCAUAUCUUCAUCACCAUCAACAUCAGUGUUAAUGUUUUUCUCAUCGACUGCUAAUGCAGUGUCCCCAAAACCACAACCAGGUUUUGGACCAAUCAUCAUGGUGGUGGUCAUAGGGAUACUGACAGGGUUAGGAUUCUCAUUGUUCAUUUAUUUAAGAUGGAGCCAAAAGGAAAAAGGAACGGAGCCCAAAGAUGUCGUUCAUGGCCCGACUAACAAUCUGCCCGGUGGAGAUACGGGAGAAACUAAAGAAGCCACACAUACAGUCUAUGAUUAUGGAGACAUCAUUAGCACUCUUGAUCAUCCUGACUAUAGUCUGGUCCUUCCAGCAUUUGCUAAACAUGACGCCUCUGUUUAUGCUUUAGCACAAUUACCCAGCAGCCCCUCUGACAUUCUCUACUCCAGCAUCAAAUUUACAGCAGCACAUCAUUCAGACAGGGCUUCUGAUGGGCAGGAAACAUGCGACUACGCAACUGUUGCAACUGUUAGACCAUAAAAGACUGAGGGCACUCAUGGAGACCAUGGCUAAUCCUGAAUCACACCAAACUGAGAAUGCUUCUCACUUACUUUGUGAUUUUAAACAUGUGGCCUUAACAUUAUUUUGGUCAGUAUUUGAGACAUAAGAUUGUUUGACGUUAUGCUUGGUUAUUACUGAUUGUCUUUUAUUUAUUAUUCAUACCCACAAGUCCUUUAGAGUGCAGAGAAGCAGUGUUGUGGUUGUGUG